CUUAAGUUUAGGGUUUUCUAUUUCUAUAGUCAUUGUGUUUCAUUCAUUAGGGUUUUUGCGAGAUUUAUCACUAGAAUUCCUUUCUCUCCUCAAUCGCUCGUUCUCAAUGGAUCUUUCCGACCUCAAUUCUGCUGAAAUGCAGAGGUUUUACUCUGAAGAACAACAAAGAGCCAUGAUUAAUGAAAUGGUGGCAAAGAUGACUAGUCAAUGCUGGGACAAAUGCAUCACAGGCACGCCGGGGAAUAAGUUCAGUUCCGGUGAGACUAAUUGCCUAACACACUGUGCACAGCGUUACGUGGAGAUGAGCAUGCUUAUCAUGAAACGGUUUCAGAGUAUGCAAUGAAGAUCAACGGCCUUGAUGUGCUUUCUUAAUUAACAAACAGUCUUAAAUUUGUCGUUAAUAUUUAGCAAAUUUUGGAUUCUUUUUAUAUUUUGUCGAGACGUGGUGUCCGAAUAUUUAAUUUACUUUUCAGCAUUGAUGAUGAAAAGCUCAGUGCAUGUGGUUAAUAACUUAGAGCUUGUUUGACUGAAGGGUUCAUGUAUCAGUUUUAAAAUGUGGGAAAGUUGUUAUAAUAGCACUGAUAUAUUGUCAGCUUACCAAGGGUCUUGCCAUGUUCUUGCUUUCAAAUUCCAACUACUUUCAUUUUGCACUUGAAA